AGCCUGGGCCCGCCGUGGGAGCGCGCGUGUGCGGGGUUGUGGAUCUGCAGGUGUCUCGCUUGGGUGUGUGCGUGUGUCUGGCUCCGAGUUUGUGCUGGGGUCUGCAGGGAGUGGUGGUGUCAGUCCAGGGGAAUGUUGGGGCUGUGGCCCGUCGGGGUGUGUGUUUGAGUCCCCGUGUGUAUUCCUGAGGUUCUUCCUAUGUAUGCCGUGCCCAAGGGGCUGGGUGCUGUUUAUGUGUAGUGUACCUGUGUGUGUGUGUGUGUGCGCGCGCGCGCUGUGUUCUGGGUGAGAGUUAUCUGUGUGUGCUGUUUGGGGGUGAUUCUAUGGGUCUGUGUUGCCUGCGUGUGCACUCCAGUGGAUGGUUGGAGUGUUUGUGUGUUGCUUGAGUGGGCUGUGUUUGAGGGUUUAUAUGUGUGUGUCUUGCCCGAUGUGCUGUGUUUGUGUGUGCUUGUGUGUCUUGACUGUGUGUACUGUCUGUGACUGUCUGUGUAUAUCUCCAGGGCAUGUGUCUCCGCUAAGCAUUUGUGAUGGUGUGGCUGCUGAAUGCAACGUCUGUUUUCCUUCCAGGUGUGUGUGUGAAUUCUGUGGUGUGUGUGUGUGUGUGUGGUGUGGGGGUUGUCUCGGUCUGUGUUUGGCUUGUGUGUCUGGCAUCCGUGUCUGGGAAUUGAGGAUCUCAGCUCUGUGGGGUCUGUGCAGUGUAGUCAGUGGGUGUUGCUGGCAGCCUCUUGGAGUACGGGGCUGUGUCUGAGCCUCUGUGUGUGUCUUGUGUGUGUGUGUGUUGGGUCUGAGGGGCUUGUCUCUGUGAUCGGCUGGCUCAUGUGUGUCAUGUGGGCUGCGUGUGUGUAGUGUUUAUGUCAGUCACGUGAGACCAGUGUUUUCUGUGGGUGCUUUAGGUGUGCGCGCCACCAGGGCUGUGUGGGAUUAGAGUUAGCUGUGGUGUGUGCGUGUGCGUGUGUGUGUCCGGGGCUGACAGUUGGUGAUGGUGUUUCGAGGUUGGUGGAGGAGGAUGAGUUGAUGUCUGCUCUUCUGUGUCUGUGUGUCAUUGCCGGCGUGUGUGGAGAGGCAUCUGGGUCUGAUGACAUGUGUCUGUGUGUGCCUAAUUUGCAUGUGUCCUGGGGUCUGACAGAUGGGGACCAGAGGGGCGUGUUUUGGUCUUGUCGGUCUGUGUGUGUCCAUGUCUGGGUGGUGUUGAUAUUUGUGUGGGUCCUGAGGUGUGCAGGUCUUACCUCUUGGGUAUGUAUGGGGGGAGGGGCAUGUGUGUUGGAGAAGUGUGACAGUGCCUAUUUAGUGUGCUUCUGUGUCUGUGAUGGCUGCACUAUGUGUGUGUGUGUGUGUCCGUGGGCAUAUCAACAGUGGUCAGUUUGUAAGAUUCUGACAGUUGGUAUAUGUGUGGGGAUGGAGGGGGUUGUACCAGCCCGUCUGCAUUGUGUGUACACUCUUCUGAUGGUCUGUGUGUAUGUGUAUCUCCACGUUUUGGUCUGUGUGUGUGCCCUGUGUUGGGUCCCAGUAUCAGAGACUGGGACCAUUUCUGUGCAAAUGGGAGAUGAGGUGGGAGGUCAGGCUGGCAAGUUCCGAGCGAGACCUUACAUAUGUGGCGUGUACCCCUCACACCCCUACCCUCCAGUAGUCCCUGCCAUUUGGGUCCUGCAUGAGUCCCUGUGUGUAGCCAGAAGUUAGCCCCACCGGCCCAUGCCCUGUGUGACUCCCAGGCUGGGCCCCAGGGAGCGCCAUGGCCCGAGCACGCCAGGAGGGCAGCUCCCCGGAGCCCGUAGAGGGCCUGGCCCGCGACGGUCCGCGCCCGUUUCCCCUCAGCCGCCUGGUGCCCUCGGCCGUGUCCUGCGGCCUCUGCGAGCCCGGCCUGCCCGCCGCCCCUGCUGCCCCUGCCCUGCUGCCCGCUGCCUACCUCUGCGCCCCCACCGCCCCGCCCGCCGUCACCGCCGCCCUGGGGGGCCCCCGCUGGCCUGGGGGUCCCCGCAGCCGGCCCCGAGGCCCGCGCCCCGACGGUCCUCAGCCCUCACUGUCGCCGGCGGAACAGCACCUGGAAUCGCCGGUGCCCAGCGCCCCGGGGGCCCUGGCGGGCGGUCCCACCCAAGCAGCCCCGGGAGUCCGGGGGGAGGAGGAGCAGUGGGCCCGGGAGAUCGGGGCCCAGCUGCGGCGGAUGGCGGACGACCUCAACGCGCUGUACGAGCGGCGGAGACAAGAGGAGCAGCAGCGACACCGCCCCUCACCCUGGAGGGUCCUGUACAAUCUCAUCAUGGGACUCCUGCCCUUACCCAGGGGCCGUGGAGCCCCGGAGAUGGAGCCCAAUUAGGUGCCUGCACCCGCCCGGUGGACAUCAGGGACUUGGGGGGCAGGACCCUCCCACCUCCUGAUGCCCUGGCCAGCGCGGGGGACUUUUUCUGCACCAUGUAGCAUACUGGACUACCAGCCCUGCCUGUCCCAGGGGCAGACCAGGGCAGCCACUCCAGCCCCAGCCCCGGCCUAACCUGGGUGCACUGAUGGAGAUGUGGACUCCUGGGUCCCUGGCUGAGAAGCCAGGGGAGAGAGGGCUGACGGACUCAGCGUCUGAAGGCGGCGGUGACGGAGAGGGUGGGGACGGAGCCGCCCGCUUCUGCCGCCCACCACCAUCUCAGGAAAGGCUGCUGGUGCUGGCUGCCCGUUCCAGCUGCAGGGGUGACACUGGGGUGGGGAGUCUCCAUCCCAGUGCUCCUUCACUUUGGGCCUGGCCUCAGGCCCCUGGUGCUUCCCCCCCUCCUCCUGGGGAGGGGGCCCGUGAAGAGCAAAUGAGCCAAACGUGACCACUAGCCUCCUGGAGCCAGAGAAUGGGGUGGGUCUGAUGGCUGCCCCAGCCCAGCGCCCAGCCAUCUUCCCUGAGCCAGCCGGCGGGUGGUGGGCAUGCCUGUCUCACCUUCAUCUGGGGGUGGCCAGGAGGGGCCCAGACUGUGAAUCCUGUGCUCUGCCCGUGACCACCCCCCGCCCCCAUCAAUCCCAUUGCAUAGGUUUAGAGAGAGCACGUGUGACCACUGGCAUUCAUUUGGGGGGUGGGAUAUUUGGCGGAAACCGCCCCAGCCUUAGUCCCCAGGGCGAAGCGCUGGGGGGAAAGACGGGGAGUCAGGGAGGGGGGGAAUCGCAGAAGAGGGAGGAGUCUGGGAGCGGGGAGGGAUGGCCCAGCCUGUAAAAUACUGUAUAUGCGCUGCUGUAGAUACCGGAAUGAAUUUUCUGUACAUGUUUGGUUAAUUUUUUUUGUACAUGAUUUUUGUAUGUUUCCUUUUCAAUAAAAUCAGAUUGGAACAGUG